AUGGCAUACGUCUUCCUCAGCGGCACGCGCAUACACGCAUCGCUCAAGAAGAUCGCCGACGCCCAAGGCGGCGAAAUCCGCAAGGACUCGCUGCCCACGUCGUUCCUGGGACGGAUCGUCACCCCGAUCCACGGGCUCGCGUUUCUCCUCCCGCAGGCGGCAUACCUCGUUGGCGUGCCGCUCAGCGGGUUCAGGCAGCCGGAUUGGAUGCUGCGUUGGGCGCUUCCUUCCCUUAACCUGACGCUCGGUCAGAAGGCGAGUGUGAGGCUGGUGGCGAGCGGAAUGUUGGUGCUGGUACUGCAUGGGUUCUACAAGAGGAUCGCGAAAGACCUGGGUGAUCAGUGGCAUACCAUUGGUCGUCGCAAGAACGUCAAAAUCGUCAAGCACGGCGUCUACUCCGUCGUGAGACACCCUAUGUACACCGCCGUAUUGAUCCAACAGUUGCUCUUCGGGCUCAUGUACUGGUCGUACGUCCCCUUCGCGACGUUUGGCAUCUGUAGCGUCGCGUUUGCUAUCAAAAUGCCCAUCGAGGAGGACCUCAUCAUGCAAGAUGCAUCUGUCGCUGACGAGUACAAGGUAUACAAGAAAGAAGUCCCUUACAGGAUCCUGCCGUACUUGUGGUGA